AUGAAACAUAACAAGGAAUUGAAAGCGGAAAGGCAGCGGGAAAGGAGGGACGCUCUUAAGAUGCGCAGCGUCUACGAUCGUGAAGCAGAUCUUGAAGAGACAAUAAAGCUAGAUGAGCAACAGACGCGCGGAUAUUCAGAUGCGAGGAUAUCGAAGAAAGAAGCCGUCCCGGAGACACUGGAUGAUCUGGCGGCGAAGAUUCCUAAACUUGAGGUCAAGAUGGUGGAAGACGGCUUCUUGCCUGUCAUGGACAAAAUGAGCGACGGCAGACCUCACAACGGCGUAGUUCUCGAAGCAUCACCCCUCCCCGCCCUUCCCGUAAAGAACUUACGGCCUUCUAAUCGAACCCGUCCUUGGUUUGACUUCGACCUCGAACCUCAACGCCGCGAGGAAGCCAGGAUCAACGGCACCAAAAAUCGCCUCCCCUACAACAGUCACGGGUGGCGGUACCCCUUCGUCCUCUUCCUUGACGGCAUCGUCGACCAGGGCAACCUAGGCGCCAUCAUCCGGUCCGCGUACUACCUUGGCGUCGACGCCGUGGCCGUGACGAAGCGCGCCACCGCCCCGCUCGACGCCGUCGCCAUCAAAGCAUCCUCGGGCGCCGCCGAAGCGAUGCCACUCUUCACCGUCAGCAACCCGCUGGCCUUCCUGACGCGCAGCACGAUCAACGGGUGGCGCGUCUACGCCGCCGACGCGCCGCCGCCGCCCACCGACAACUUCAACGUCACAUCCGACCACUACCGGCGUGCGCUCGACCCCGACAACACGUCGCCGCUUGUCACCUACACGCGCCCUAAUAACGUGCACGUUCUGCCCCACAGCCACGCCCCACUCAUCUCCCACCCCACCAUCCUCAUGCUUGGCGGCGAGAGCGCCGGCUUCCGCCAGAGCAUCCGCGCGAAGGCCAACUACCUCGUCGGCAUCCGCGGCACCCGCGGCCUCGAGGUCGGCGUCGACAGCCUUAACGUUAGCGUGGCCGCCGCCUUGAUCAUGCUCGAGAUGGUGCGGAAGCCGACGAAGUUGGCGACUGAUGUGCAGGACAUCUUGAAGAAGGAGUUCCUGGUGGCGCAGAGAUUGCAGAAGCCGGAGGAUCUCGAUGACCAGGUGAAGAAUGAUGAGCUGUUGUUCUAG